AUGGCUCCCGAACGUGUUUGCCUUGCCUACUCUGGCGGCCUGGAUACUUCCACUAUUCUCAAGUACUGCGCCCCCAUGUCUUGCUUUCUGACGGAUUGCGGCAAGGAGAAGACUUCGACGCUGUGGCUCGUCCUUCAAGGCUAUGAGGUCGUGUGUUUCCUCGGCGACUGCGGCCAGGAGGAAGACUUCAAUGCCGUCAAGGCUAAGGCGCUGAAGCUCGGCGCUGAGAAGAUGAUCAUCAAGAACGUCCAGCAGGAGCUGAUUGACGACUUGGUGUGGCCCGCCAUCCAGUGCAACGCUAUCUAUGAAGGACAAUACCUUCUCGGCACAAGCCUAGCCCGGCCGGUAUUGGCCAGGGCAAUGGUGCAAGUUGCGAAGGAUAACAACUGCACGAUCCUCAGCCAUGGAUGCACCGGUAAGGGCAACGACCAAGUCCGCUUCGAGCUGGCGUGGAAGGCAUGUGACCCCAAGAUGAAGAUUCUGGCCCCCUGGCGCAUCCCUGCGUUCUUCAACCGAUUCCAGGGACGUGCCGAUCUUCUCAAGUUCGCCGAGGAGCAGAACAUCCCCGUCAGCUCCACUCCCAAGGCCCCCUGGUCUAUGGACGACAACAUCAUCCAUUGCUCAUACGAGGCCGGUAUUCUCGAGCAAACAGACAUGGAGCCCCCGAAGGACAUGUGGAAGCGCACAGUUGAUCCCCUGGACGCUCCCGAUGAGCCUACUCGCUUCACCGUCCACUUUGCUGAGGGUGUUCCCAUUAAGCUUGAAGUUGGGGGCAAGGCCGUUACUGGUUCCUUAGAGAUCUUCAAGGAGGCCAACGAGUUGGGCCGUGCUAACGGUAUUGGACGCGAGGAUAUCGUCGAGUCGAGGUUCAUCGGAUUAAAAUCUCGUGGUUGCUACGAUACCCCCGGCCUGACUAUUUUGCGCAAGCUGCAUCAAAACCUGGAGGGUCUCGUGAUGGAUAGCAAGGGAAUGUACUUUACGCCUGAGCGCGAGUUCGUUCAGCAGUCGAUCUCUAUCAGCCAGAAGCAGGUUGAUGGCAAGGUCGAAGCUCUGGCAUACAAGGGCAACGUUAUCAUCGUUGGCCGCUCCAGCGAGACAUCCAAUCUCUACAGCGAAGAAGAGAGCAGCAUGGACACUCUUGAAAUGGAUUGGAGUGUCGAAGACGCAACUGGGUUUAUAAACGUGAAUGCUAUACGCAUCGCCAAGUAUGGCGAGCGCAAGAUCAGGGAUGGCGAGCCCCUUUCCAAGCGUAAGUAG